CAGGCAGAUCUCUGUAAGUUCAAGGAAUUUUAUUUUUAAAUAAGGGUACUGGAGGGUCUUGAUGUUUGAGUGGCAGACACUUUACCGACUGAGCUGUUUCCCCAAGUUCCCUGCUUGUGUUCUUUUCGAGACAGGUUUUCCUAAGCUCUGGCCUCAGACUUCGUGAGCUGCAAUUACAGGUGCACAUCAGCCUGUCUAACUUAAACUACAGAGGUUUAAAGUAACAUGGACAAUGAUUGUUGGAUCCAUGUGAAAUAGUUUUAGUUUGUGUAUGUGCAUCUGCCUGUGUACAUGGAUACUGCAUGCCUGCAGGCAGCCUUGUUAGAAAAGGGCGUUAGGUUCCCAAGAGUUGCAUGUGAGUUGCCUAACGUGGGUGCUGGGAACCGAACCCAAGUUCUCAGCGGGAGCAGCGAGGCUUUUAACUGGUGAACCAUCUCUUCAGCCCCUUGAAGUCGUUUAUUUAUAAAGAAGUAUAAUAAAAUUGUUCAGUUUAGUUAGUUUAUGCUAUUGCAGACUUAUUGUCAUCUAGAAAGUAAAUCAGGUUUUGUAGUCUGUAAAACAUCAAAUGCAGUGUUUUGGGGUUUCCAUAGGUUUUUGGUUUGGUUUGGUUUCGGUUUUUCAAGACCAGACUGGCCUCGGACUCACAGAUCCAUCUGCCUCCCAACUUCUGGGGUUCUCACAGAUCCAUCUGCCUCUGCCUCCCAAAUUCUGGGAUUAAAGGUGCCUGUUAGAAUCUCCUGGGACGUUUUUUCAAAAGAUAAAAAAAAAAAAAAGCCUGUAGGGAGGGAGAGAGUGUGUGUCUGUGUGUACGCACGUGUGCAUGCUGUGAGACGGCUCAGAAGGUAAAAUCUACAUGCGUGCUGCAGCAUGUGGGUUUGUACUCAGAUCUCUCUCACACACACGCACUUAAUAAAGGUUUUUAAAUUGAUGUGUAUGUAAGUCUGUAGCAUGUCCCAUGGAGGCCAGGAAAGGGCAUUAGAUCUCAUAGGACUGGAGUUUGGACAGUUAGCUGCCAUAAAAGUGAAUUAUUUUUAUUUUUAAAACUGAGUGGUUAGGAAACAAUUUUGGGAUCUGUUCUUUUACCACCUGUGGGAAAAGGGGGUCGGGCACAGGUCAUCCGAUCUGUAUACAAAAGCUCUCCACUAAGCAGCCUUGAGUAAAAUAAAAUGAAAGUCCAAGAGCUCAGCCCUGGCGAUGCUGUGGGUUAUUCUGUGCUGGGCCUUGAGCAUUCUUACAGCUCUGCAUAGCCUGUACUGGCUAGUCAGUGGUAGGUUCCUCUGUUCCAGGAGAAAAUUAUUUCUCUAAUCAUUCUUCCAUUCUUGCUAGGAAUUAUGGUUUAUGCAUCUGAUCCCACCAUUCAGGAGUUUGAGGCAAGAGAACGCAUAGUUCAAGGUCAGCCUGAGCUACAUAGUAAAUUCCAAGUCAGUCUAGGGUGUAUAGUAAGAUCUUGUUUCAUAUAAAACCAGGUGAGUUCAUUCAUUCCAUAGGUAAUCAAGUGUCACACAUCCACAGUCCUCUAAAAACGAUUACCGUUUUACAAUCAGCAAGUUCCAGUCGUUGUAGAAAGCCUUCUAUCACAUAGCACUAAAGAUUUUUUUUUUAACCUUUGUAUUUAUAGCCAUGAGUAAGUAGCUCAAAAAAGCUUGGCAGUCCUCUGCCAACUUCCCUAUCUUUUAAUGGUAAUUGAUUAUAAAGUCUUGAAGAUUCUUACAGUGUCAGAGAAGGAAGAGCUGAGUAGCCUAGGACAUUCUGCCGCUGCUGAUCUUAGCGCGCAGUCCAGCUAAAGAGUCUGAUACCAGAUUUGCUAACUAAUUAUAAACAAACUCGGAUAGACUCAUUUCAUCUUAGUUUGAACUAAUCCAGAACUAAUUUACUGUAAUCUAGAAAGUAAUAAGGGUUUUGUAGUCUUGUAACUCAGCACUAAGCUAUUGUUAUAAAUAUUAUUUUUGGGGUGAGGGCGUGAUGUUUGGAUGAAGAGGAUUGGGGUGACUGUGAUAAAAAUACCUUGUGUGCAUGUAUGAAAUUCUCAAAGAAUAAAAUAUUAAAAAUACUAACUUGCUAAUAAAAAUUUUUAAGUUCUUUGCAUCUCAAUAUAAAUAAUGAAGGGGAAAUCAUUUUUCUGCAGCCUAUUUUACAUCUUUUUUUUUUCCACCAAAAAAAAAAUUUUUUUUUAUAGGCCCAGACCAGCCAGCCUUGAACUCAUGCGUAGUGCUAGCUACCAUUGAAUUUGCAGCAAGCCCUUGGCUACAGGGGUAUAACACCAUGUCUUUCUACCAGAUUUUAAUUUUUUAUUACUUUGGUAUGUGGGUGCUUCACCCACAUGGUCUUGUUAUACAUGUGUGACUGAAAAUUGAACUGGCAGUAGGGUUAGCAGUGGACGCUUCUGUCUCUAUGGCUUUGGUGGCUGGCUAAAACUGGGGCUAACUAUUGCUUGAAGAGAAAAAGGGCAGAACACAGGACAUGCAGAGGGAACGUAAGGGGAUUGCCCAUGAAAUGGUAUGUUGGGAUAAUGUGUAUAUAUAUACUCCUGACUGUUAGAGCAGCCUCCAUACAGCACACCAAAGGCCGAAAACACGGAUUUCAGUUGAUGCCUACAAUGGAGGGAAUAGAACUUGGGAGUGUUAAAUUCGGGCAAGUGAACUAUAAAAAACAGAAACAUUACUCUUUGGUGGAAUUUUACUGAAUCUAGAGUCUCUUACGUUAAUUGUUAAUUUUAUGUGCGUGAGCACUUUGUAUAUGUAUGUGUGUACCACGUGCAUGCCUGGUAUCCAUGGAGCCCAGAAGAGAGCCAGUUGCCUGCAACUGGACUUAACAAAGAUUGUGGGUUGUCAGGUGGGUGCUGGGAACUGAACCCAAGUCUUUUACAGGAACAGUAGGGUCUUCAGCCACGAAGCCAUUUCUUUAGCCCCUAAUCAUAGAUUUUAGGAUAUAAAUGACAUGAAGAUUGACCCCACAGUGACAGAAGAGUUGUUAGAUUAAAUAUAUAAAAUAAGGUUGUAAGCAAAUAGGAAAUCUCAGCACAGAAAAUACUAAAAAAAAAAAAAAAAAAGGAACGGCACCAAGGCCCAGGAGGGCAUGGCUGCCAGGUUGGGGUUCAACAUUUUUUUGAGAAAGUUGGCAAAGGUGCCCGAUGAUAGUGGAGAGGUAACAUGCUUGGAGAAAGAGAGGCAGAACUUGAAACCAUUUUAGAGCUGAAAAUAAAAGAUCUGGAAUCUCCUGGAGUGGGUUUAGCCAGUUAGAAAAGACAGGCAUCGGUGAUGUUGAGAAUAGACUAAUGGAAACUAAAGUAGAAAUGAUUGUGUAUGAAAGUUCCUUACACAGUUUAAUCCUCUUAGUGUUUGAGGUGCCCUUUCCCUUUCUGUACGGUGCUCAGACAUCCAUCGUCAGUCAUCUCUGCAGCUGGAAAGAGAUCCAGUUAAUCUUGAGCGUGCCUUCUGGCUUGGCUGGAAGAGGGCUCACCUCCACCAGAGUUCUUGGAGCUGCUCUUCGUCAGUGCCCCGCCCUGACUGUGCCCCUCCUCGCCUCUAUUUUGAAAGGUCCCUUUAAUCGGAAGCUUUGCCUCAGCCACCUCCCUGCCCUUGUGGAAGCCCCCCUCCCAGGGUUCUUUCCUUUCCUCACCUCUGCCUCCCCUCAGCUCUCCUGUUUUCCUGCUUUACCUUGUGUCUUUCCUGUUUCCCAAGUUUUCGGUACUUUUUAAAAAAAAGGGGCUCAUGCAUGAAAGACAAGUCCUCCGCCACCACCUAGACCUCUUUAAAAAAAUAUUUUUUAUUUUGACCCAACUCUAAGUUUCCCAAAUAGGUCUUAAGCUUAUGCUGUAUCCUAGGGAAGCCUUGAAUUUGUGACCUAGGUACCCGGCAUCCAGGGUGCCUUUGCCUACAGCAUGCCUGUGUCACCAGCCCAACUCACUCCUAGCUUUUCAUUCUUCUCUUAACUUGGUUUCCCUGUUAGCUCUAUACAUACUUCAGUCAUGUCACUUCAGAGGCCUCCUUGGCUCUGCGCCUUCGAGAGCUGUCUCUACUCAUCACCAAACUUUUCUACUUCCUCUUCCUGGAGUAGACACUUUGAAGUCACUGUGUAAGAAACCUCCUCUGCUAAGCCAGUUGCUGUGGCUAGCUCUGGUGUUUUACCUUUAUACAACAUCAAGAGCAUGGCAGUUACUCUGAAAAUGUGUUCUGAAGAAAUGAAUGACAUCGUCUAGUAAUCCGUCCUGGAGUUCCGAGACUCACCUUUAACUUGCAGUCUGUGGUUGGCUGUAUCCGGUCUGCUGCCAGGCUGUGUCAGCGCGGUGUGUGGUAUAGCUCUUGUGUUCUCUCUUUAUCCCCACUGCCAUUACAUGGUUUCUAGUUGGCUCCUUGACUGACACAUCUAGUGAUGGUACUUACUGACCACUUACUAAGGGCUCUGCUCUCAGAUACACCCUCUUGUUCCCCACACACAGCCUCAUCAACAAAGUCUCACCGUAUAUUUGAGGCUGGCUCCUCCUGAGUACGGGAGUGUGCCACCACACCCGUCCUUAUAUGACACCUCCCAGGAAGAUGCUGCCAUCAUCCGUAUUCUAGCCACAAUGGACACUGCUAGCCAUAGCCUUGUUCUUCUGCAGCAGCUGAACAUGCAGCGAGAAUUUGGUUUUCUGUGUGAUUGCACAGUAGCUAUUGGAGAUGUUUACUUCAAAGCCCACAGAGCGGUGCUUGCUGCUUUUUCUAACUAUUUCAAGAUGAUAUUUAUUCACCAAACAAGUGAAUGCAUAAAAAUACAACCAACUGACAUCCAGCCCGAUAUAUUCAGCUACUUGUUGCAUAUUAUGUACACAGGAAAAGGGCCAAAACAGAUUGUGGAUCAUAGUCGUUUGGAGGAAGGGAUCCGGUUUCUUCACGCUGACUACCUUUCUCACAUUGCAACUGAAAUGAAUCAAGUGUUCUCACCAGAGACUGUGCAGACCUCCAAUCUUUAUGGUAUUCAGAUUUCAACAACUCAGAAAACAGCUGUCAAGCAAGGGCUGGAGAUCAAAGAAAAGCCUCCCAGUAGCAGUGGAAACAGAGCUGCUGUCCAAGGUGACCACCCCCAGUUGCAGCUCUCUCUUGCAAUUGGGCUAGACGAUGGCAGUGCAGAGCAGCAGCGGGCCCAUCCUGCUGCCCAGGCCUUGGAGGAGCACCAGAAGCCCCCAGUGUCCAUCAAACAGGAGAGAUGUGAUCCAGAGUCUAUGAGCUCCCAAGGCCACUCCUCCACCUCAUUGGAGGUGACUGGCCCCUCUUUUACAGAAAGCAGCCUCAAAGUCCAUUUCUGCCACUACUGUGGGGAGCGCUUUGAAUCCCGGAGUAACCUGAGGCAGCACCUCCAUACCCAUGUGUCUGGAUCUCUCCCGUUUGCUGUCCCUGCCUCCAUUUUGGAAAGUAAUGACCUUGGGGAAGUGCAUCCACUUAGUGACAGCAGCGAGGCUCUCGAGUGCAGGAGGCUGAGCUCCUUCACUGUCAAGGAGAAUGAGCCACAGCAGCCUCCGCCUGAGCACUCCAGCCGGGGGACCGUAGAGCCUUUGCAGAUCAGUCAGGUGUCCCUGAUCUCCAAAGACUCAGAGCCAGUAGAGUUAAACUGUAAUUUUUCUUUUUCAAGGAAAAGAAAGAUCAGUUGUACCAUCUGUGGUCAUAAAUUUCUUCGAAAGAGCCAGUUACUGGAACACAUGUACACACAUAAAGGUAAAGCUUACAGAUACAACCGAUGCCAAAGGUUUGGAAACUCAUUGGCCCAGAGGUUUCAGCAGUAUUAUGACAGCUUGCCCGAGGUCCCCUUAAAAGGUUCUCGCCUGUCCCAGGAACGCUUAGACUUGCCUUGUGCCUUAGAGUCAGAGCUCACCCAAGGAGGUGUGGACACCAUCCUUGUGGAGUAGCACCUUCUCCCCGAGAAGUCUCACUGUCAUGGGUCACAGGCCACUCUGAAGUCCCAAAGUACUCACCUCCUCAUGGUUUUUUUAACUUAAAAUAAUCUGUCCCUGGUUUUGAGGUUGUACAUACCAGUUCUUAAUAUAAGACAUGACUAUUAAAUGUAAUGUUCAAAUUAUCCUAUGAGCUUUGUUAUAAAUUAAAUCAUCACUUGAAAAUCAGAAGCUACUAUAGAAGCUUUAGAGUGAAUGACUACAACAUCUCUUGUUUUUCCAGGCUGCAGAAUCAGUAAAAUGAAUAUGAAGCAGAUGAGAUCUGUUUCAAAGAAUGUUUUAGGGACUGGAAAUGAAGCCCAUCUGUAGAGUGCUUGCCUAGCAUGUGUGAGGCCCUAGGUUCAGUCUCCAGCUCACACACACACACACACACACACACACACACACACACACGCUCACAUUUCUAAGCUGUCACUCUUGUCUUAAGUUUCAUAUGAAUUAUUUUCUUAUGAAAGUGAUUUUAAGUAUUUUCUGCCACAUUGGAAAUCAGUAGUUAUUUUAAUGUAGAUCUAUCUAUAUAUAUAUAAUCAUAUAUAAAAAGUUUCUUUUAAGACGUGGCUAUACCAAUUCACCACGAGUAGUUUUAACUGGCUACUUACUAGCAUUCUGAUCUUUACAUGACCUUUUAUUUACUUAACAUCAAGUAUACCUCAUUUCUAAUGAAAGUAUUUCAGCUAAAAGAAAGGACUAGAGAAGCCAGUGGUAAGGAAGCCUUGAAUAGAGAAACUAGUAUACACACAGAGCCCAGAGGCAGCGAGAGCUAACCCCUUGCCGUGUGGGUAGCCACAGCUACAGUGUUCUUAGAGACUGUAAGGGCAGUUUCAGAUUUUUAUAACAAGAGGUUUGCCCAAGUUUUAAGAGAAAAAUGAUACAAGUAUCUCUCUACCUUAACGUAGCAGACAUUCCAUGGCUGCCUGGGUCCAUGGUAUUUUUUGUUGUUGUUUGUGUUUUGUUUUGUUAUUUUGAGACAGGGUUUCUCUGUGUAACAUCCCUGGCUGCCCUGGACUCCUUUGUUGACCAGGCACUCACAGAGAUCCGAAUGCCUCUACUUCCCAAGCGCUGGGAUUAAAGGUGUGUGCCACCAGGCCUAGCAACGGUAGUUUUCCUAAGUCCCUAAUAGAGGUAACUAACUGUGCAGUGCCAUGGCUUUCACUUUCCUGUUAGUAAAACCAGUGAAGUGGGUGUGUUCAGUGUCUCGGAACUAUUUAAACCCCCUGCUGGAAGCUCUUCUUUUGUGACUAUAUUCACUUCACUUUUAUAGUGGUGACACUUAGAAACUUAGAGCCCCAGGAAAAUUGAAGUUGAUGGACUAAGUGAUGGAUUUUCUGUACCUAAAAAUAGCCCAGCAAGUUUUAUUGUUUCUGAAGGGUUUAAAUGUGAAGUUCUGUUCUCAAGGAUCAGAAGGCAAGAAAGACUAAAACAGCCUCCCCGUCUCCUUCCCCUAUCCUAUUAAAUAACGUCUAAGCCUCACAGACAUUUGAGAACAUUUGAGGUGGUCCUGACACACAUGAAUUUUGCAAUGUUCCCAGGUUGGCCUUAAACGCUUGGGCACAAGCAGUUUUCUGCUUCAGCUUCUCAAGUGGCCAGGACCAUGGGCAUGUGCCUCACAGAUACUUGAUACAUCUGUUUUGUUGUGAUUCUUCGAUUUUAGCCACAAGCAAAAAAAAAAAAAAAAAAAAAAAAAAACAAAACAAAUCAUCCCCAUCCCCUGAGAGAAUGCCUCUGAAGACAUUUCUUAAGAGGCUCAGCUACCUCUUUCUGUCAGAAGGGCAGAGGAAUCCAGCUAAUUCUGAAAUGAAAGGAAUUGUUGGGGGGUACUGUUAAACAGUGAUUUCAUGUGAAAAGUUUCAGAGAAAAUGGUCCCACCUGUAAUUCCAGAUUUUGUGAGUUUGAUCUUGGUGAGUUCAAGGCAGCUGCAUGGUGAAAUCCUGUCUCAAACAAAAACCACACACACACCACCACACACACACAGCACACACAACACACACCACCACACACCAAAACAAAGUAGCAGUUUCCUUUUUUUAGGUUUUUGAGACGUCCUUGCUCUUUGGUCCAGGCUGGUCUUGAACUCACUGUCCUCCAGUGGUUGUGUUUCCCCCUUCCCCCCUCACCCCUGCCUCCUGUGGGGUGUAGCAGCAGCCAGCCUUCAGACUGGUAACUUUUGAGGGCCAAAUGAAGAACCCUGGUGGUCAUUGUUUUAAGGUAAUUGAAUUUCAAAUUUAGAAAAUUUGCCUCUGGGAUCAAGACUGACGUGCUUUGAGAGCAAAUCUCACAAUGGUAGGAUCAAUUGAUUAAACAAAUGUGAGGGGUGUGUCAUAAUGACACAUUACACUUAAUUCAUCAAAGCAGUUACUCAAUUAUACUAUCUUCAAUGAUUUAAUCUUACAGAAACACAAAUAGGGAUUUCAUGUAUUUUAGGCUAUUUAGGAUAUAUUCCCUACUUUUAUUUUUUUUGAGAUACAGAGUAAUGUUUAGCCCAGGCUGGCCUCAAACUCAUUACGUAACUGAAGAUGGCCUUAAACUCCUGAUCUGCCUGUCUCUUAUCUCCAAGCACUGGCAUUCUAGGACCAUUCCUCUCCUGCCCGUUCCCAGCUCUCUCUAUCCUUCAACUUUUCUAUGUUUUUUUUUUUUUUUUUCUGUUUACCAAGUCAUUAGUCUUGCCCACAGGAAGCCCCUAUAUAGCUAAAGGGUGGGAGUAGAGAUGUGCUUGCAGAGUAGGUGACUACAGGAGCUCCAGGAGAAGUGCUAAAAGAGUGUGCCAACAGCUAGUGGCCGUGCUAGACACUGUUUAAAGUGGAGCUGUAUGUAGAGAGUCUCCAGGAGUUAAUAAGACCAUACCCGGAGUCAGGGAGAUGGCUCUCCAUGGGAAGUGAUUGCUGCUCGUGCUUUUGAACCUGAGGUGACAGCUGGGUGUGGGACCUGUAGCCCCAGUGCUGGUAGAGGAGCAGAGACAGGAAGAUAUCAGGGGUCAGGCGGGCCAGCCUUGCAGAAAGAGCAGGCUCCAGGGUCAGGGAGACUCGCUCUCAAAAAACCGAGGAACAGAAGUGACGGUGGAAGACAUCAUGUUAUCGUCUCUGAUCUCAACACAUGCCUGCAUGGGUGCAGACACCCAUGGACACGCAUACCCCAUCACAUAUAGAAUAAAUGAGUGGUUCACUUGGUUCCUGUCAUCCUUAAAAUUCCUUUAAUACUGUGAUCUUCACCUUAUUCCUAUUACUCAUAAAGUUCCUUUUAAUUCGGAGAACUAAAAAAAAAAAAACAAAACAGAAAGCUGGUUCUCGGCCAUCUGUAACCCAGCCGUCAGUAGACUGGGGCAGGAUGGUAAAUUCAAGACUAGCCUGGAGCUACAUGGGAAGACCCUGUCUCAAGAGAAAAACCCCAACAACAGUUUGUUUUAGAACUCAUUUUAUAGAGAAAGUUUCUCAUGUUAUGGAGAAAGUUCCCCAGAGCUGGUUUCUACAGAGGCAUGUAGUGAGUGGUGUGUGACUGCUGUUGCUUUGUUUUGAUUUUUAAAAUCUUUUAUGUUACACGUUAGGGUGUCACAGCUGCACGUGUUUCUGUGCAUAGCACACACAAAGUGCCUGUGGAGGCCAGAAAAGGGCGUCGGAACCUCUGGAACCCAUGUGGGUGCUAGACCUGAACCCAGGUCCUCUGCAUUAACAGCAAGUGCCCUUAAGCACGGAGUCGGCCCUCCAGCCCUUUGUGGUUUUUUGAGAUGAGAUCUUACUCUAGGGCCCAUGCUGGCCUGGAACUUAAAACAAUCCCACGUCCACCUCCUAAGUGCCUGGGGUGGCAGGCGAGCACUAUCAUACCCGCAGUCUGGGGAGUUUUGGUUUUGUUUUUUAAGACAUGAUUCUUCAUUGGGGGGGAAAGGGUGUUCAUAUUUUAAACGUUUUUCCAGGAAAAACCUUUACUUUUUGUCACAUAUGCAAAAUGGAGUCUCUCUCUCUCUCUCUCUCUCUCUCUCUCUCUCUCUCUCUCUCUCUCUCUCCCUCCCUCCCUCCCUCCCUCUGAGGCAGUGUGGUUUGUGUAAUGGUUGCCAAGUUGAAUCAGGAGUUGCCAUAUUACUUUGUUGCCAGAUGUCGCCCUCUUGUGUUGAGGAAAGCAGAGUGUCUGCUGGGUGACGUUUUGAAGGCUCCGUGAAGCAGAAACCUAAGUUCUUAUCACCCGUCCCUGCAUUAGGCAGAUAGUAAAUGUCUUUUCCGAUUGGGUCAGCGUUCAGUCUUCCCUUCUUCCCAGAUCCUGCAUGUAGUUGUUUUCUGCAGAAAAGCGGAGACCUUUUCGGUGUCCGUCCUUAGUGAGGAGGCCUCAGGAAGUGCAGACCGCCUUCAAAAGUGUCGUUGCCUUUUAAGACAUGUAACUUUUGAGAUGGUUACUUACGUCUCCCUGGUAAAGUGGGUGUCAGCAGCACCUACCUCACAGGGGUGGUGUGAGGCUUCGUUCUGAAACGGUGUUAGUAUACGGAUGAAAACCAACAUGAGCCAAGUUCCACAGCGAGCCCUACUUGAUAUUCCACCCUGUAGACUGUAGAGCAUGUUUGCAGCAGCCACGUACUACUUGGUAGACAAUUGAGAAAAUGCGCUUUCAUAAAAACUCUGGACACAGGAGUGCCGCUUGAGUUCUUACUCUACUGUUGCUCCCUACCGUUCAGCAAGGAAAGUAGGAGUCAGCAUUAUUGGAAAUAAAAUACACUGAUUUCUGCACUAACGAAACUUUUUCCCAAAUACACCAUUUACAUAUAAGAAAAGGAAAAUGAAAAAACAAACAAACAAACAAACAAAAAAAACAUUGUUUCUUGGAUGAAGAUGCUCCAAUUAGCAGAUAGGGAUGAGAAAUGGAAAGAGGAUAAUCCAUAGGAACUAUCAAUGCUCUUUUGAAGUAGAGCUGGAGGAGCUUUCUCUGACCCCUGAAGGAAUGGCUGUUAGUCACGAGAGGAGAACAGGCUGCAAAGCGGACGGUUCCUGAAGCCUGCUUGCACAGGUGGACUGUUGACCCUGAAAUUUGGAUUCCUGGUGACUACUCCAUAGGUGUUUGUGUGGAAACUGCUGCAAGUAGGUUGUGUGGAGAAUUUUUACAAUGUAACUUGUGUCUUUGAGUGUACUUAAACUAAAUAUGUCUGGUGUGUCAUUAAUAAGCUGUUAAAUUCCUAGGAGUGAACUCUGUAAACGCUUCCGUGCUUACUCGU